UCAGCUUUUCUACGCGGUUAGAGAGCGCGGAUCAGUCGAGCAGCGUGAGCGCGCAGGGCGGUGUUUGCUGGUGCGUCCCGUGGUCUGGGCAGCACGGCAGAGAAAGGCUGGCUUGUGACUAACGCAUGGCACUUGAGUGCCUUCUUUAAGGCUAAGAUAUGUACGUGCCCCUGAGUCUGCUGGGUGCGCAUCUGUUGCUCUUAAACGUAACCAUAUUGCAGUAUAUGAGCUGUCCGUAUUAAUAUAAGGAGGGCCAAUGAAGCGGCGCCUGAAGAUGCCUCAACUCUGGAAAGCAUUCAGUUUUCUUCUUGUUAUGUGCAACGGAGUCGUAGCGCAAACGGCAAAUCGGGUCGUCUUUUCCCUGGGAACCUUCCAGAAUGUAACUGUACCUGGAAACACCACGGUGGAGGUGCAGGUCUCCGGCAUCCCAGUGGAGGUCACCUACCUCACGUUCCAGUUCCACACCUGGCGCCACAACAUAACUCUGUCCUACACGGAGGUCCCAGCACUGGGAUCGUCUCACACAGCCACUGAUGCUGGACUGCUGUCACCCGUGCUGAGGUCACAGACCUCACUGACCUGGUAUCUGCUGGCUUCUGACAGUCCGCCGCUUACCGCCGUGGGCGUGGUCCUGCCUUACCACGGCGGCGAUCCAGUGCCAGGUGGCUGUAACCUGGAGAGUGGUCUGAACUUUGACCCCAGUAUCCACCUGCGAUACACUGUGUUUGAGACCACCAUCACUGUGGCCGCUGCCAAUGUUGGAUACGCCAGGGGGGCCUCACCUCCAUCGUGCAAUGCCACCGGGGGCCCCCAAACUCGCCUGGAGUAUGACGUCUACCAGUACUUCCUGCGGGAGGGCGACCUUUCGGAGGAGACCCUCCUCAGCCAUAUCCAGAAGGUGGCCGACGUAGGAGGUGUGACAGCCCACGGGACCAAGGUGAAGACGUGGGUCCCUGGCGAUGAACUGACUGCAUCGUUUGGCUCCGCCCCUGGACAGGGUGUCAUAUACUCGGUCGUGGUCAGGGACCCUGUGUUGAACACUUCUGCCCUCUAUGUCCCAGUUCACAGCUACGCCUGCAGCUUUUCCUCUGCCCUGGAUGGCUGUAUGACUCUGGGAAAGAUUUCUACCAAGGUGUUUUUUACUGUUGUUGGUUUAGCUGGCCUUUGUGUUUGCUUCUUUGGACACAGAUUCUUCAAAUGCGAGCUCUUCUGGAUGGGACUCUGCUUUGCUGCCUCCAUCUUCUAUGUCAUCAUCACAGAGACCACGACCCUCAACUAUGACCGUGAGCGAAGCUUCAUACUAGUGCUAUGGAAGGUUCCGCCCUCUCCCCCGGCAGUCCGGCUAGCCCUGACCUCUCUCAUGGGACUGGUGGGAGGCGUCCUGCUGGUGAUGAGCUGGUGGCGUUGCGGCUCCAUCCUGUGCUGCGUGGGGGUGGUGGGGCUCCUCCUCGGGUUCCUGCUGGCCGCCUCCGUCUUCUUCACACCUGUCGGCAGCCUCUCCAUCUUCCAGUCGGACGCUGUGUUCUGGGUCACUUUUGGCGCUAUCGUUCUGGCCGUUCCUCUAGUCUUCCUCCGAUGGCCUAGAGAGGGCAGCAUCGUCUGCUGCGGCGUCGUCGGGUCCUACUCCGUCCUUCUGGCGGUGAGCACCUACAUCUCCACCAGCCUGUCCUACCUCACCCUGGACGUCCUCAAGCGGCUCGUGGAUGGCAGCUUCAGCCGGACCUCCGCCACCGUGGCCUUCCAGAGCAUCGAUUACAUCCUGCUGACGGUGUGGGUGGUGCUGGCGGGGGGCAGCGCCGCCCUGCAGCUGCAUCGCGAGCGGGAACGCCCCUUCUUCCCGCCCAGCCCCUAUCUCAUGUGGCAGCAGGAACGCGAGCGGCGGAAGACCAACGUGCUGGACCCCAGUCACCACGUGCCCCCGCUGCCCUCCCGGCUCCAGGGCCGCCUGCUGGGCUUGAUUCGCCGCAAGGAGCCUGCAGAAGAGAGGACGCCUCUGCUGCUGUAAGCCCUGUCCCUCCCCAUGUGGGCCACGCCCUUCCCGGUGUGAGUCCUGCCCCCGCUAACCAGCUAGCGUCAUAGCCCUGGGACCUCACCCAAGGUUCUGUGGGGGACUGGAUAUCUGGGAUACUUGUGCACGUCACCCAGGCGGAAUGGCCUGUGACCUGGCUAGGUGACAGUUCUCGCCUUUCACAUACCAGCCAGCCACAUCAAGACAUCUGUCGUGUUCUGUCUCCACUGACCAAUCACCAUGCCGGCAGUUCAGCCUCCUGGCCAAUCACACAUGGGCAUGUGUGGCACAUUCUGCGGGGCACGUAUGAUGUUCCUGUGGUGCAUACAGAGUAAAUGUGCAUAAAGCCUGUGAUCUGGCUGUGUUUUUAAGCUGGUGCGAUGCCUCUUCCGAGAGGAAAGUGCUUUGUGCAGGGAGUGGGGAAAUAUGGCAAAAUAUUUUGCCCAAAAAUUACCCUUUCUUCAUAUCUUCCGUGGACCUGUUUCUUUUUGCAGGACCACACCCACUAUUAUAUAAUACACUUGGGAUAAAAUGCCAAGAAUGGGCUGUUGUAAUUUUCCAGUUUUUAACACACCACUAAAUGCCUUUUUUGUUGUUUAUACUUUGCUGAUUCAUUUUGAAGGGCCUCUUAAUAUUCUAUGGACAUUGGAUGUGUGUAACCAUGUGACCUUACUUGACCACACCCAGUGGGAGGAGUCACCACUUAACCAAUCAGAGAUGGUGCUCGGUUCACUUUUAUUGCAUUUGUUGUCUUUAUUUUAAUUACAUGAUUUGGCCCCCACCACCACCACCGUUGUUUUCAAGCUGUAUCAUUAAUAAAGUUUGUUUUUACUAGCACA